AAAAAAAAAAGAAAAAGAAAAUCUUUGUUUAUAAUUUUUUUCUUCUGUCGAAUCAUGGAUAAUUGUUCAAAAGUUCUAAAAGCAGCAACAAAAUGAUAAUCUGCGCCUCGUGGCACUGUGAUACGCUAAUGAUGCUGCACACAAUGUCAUCCUUCAAGCUAGUCCACCCCUCCAAUGGUGGCCACGUAAAUCGCAGAGCGAGGGCUCAACCGAGUCAGCCCCUGAAACUAUCCUCCAACAGAUGUGCCAAUCCUUCCUUCAACCUUAGCUCUUCACUUGGGUGCCUCAGAUUUCCCGCCACUAGGAAGAGGUAUGCUGAGAUGGGCAGCCCGAGGGCGGCAAAAUCUGUUCAUGAAGAGGCAGAUUGUGCUGAUUCAGCCCAAAUAGGUAGCGCCACCGGUGUCGGUACACAAUCUUCUGAUGCCAAUGGAAGAGGCCAAUCAAACAGUUUCUUGGCCGUUCUCUGUCCUUUGCUCAAUCUCUUGGGUGGAGGCGAUCCUACUCAACCACGGAAUGAGUUAUUAGAGGUGGCUUCAUCUUCCCUGGCUUCUGUUGCAAGACUUCCAUGGGGAUCAAAGUCAUUAAUACCAAGCAAGUUGAACCAACAAGAGGCUGGAAGCAGUGAAAGAAAGCCUCCUGAAAGGUUGCAGCUCUAUGAAUUUGAGGCAUGCCCUUUUUGUAGAAGAGUUCGAGAGGCAUCUACUGAGCUUGAUCUUUCUUUAGAGGUCUAUCCCUGUCCUAAAGGCUCCUCAAGGCACCGUGAAAUGGUUACGAAACUUGGAGGAAAAGAACAGUUUCCUUUCCUCAUUGAUCCAAACACUGGAAUCUCUAUUUAUGAGAGUGGAGAAAUAGUUAAAUACCUAUACCAGCAGUACGGUCAAGGAAGGAACCCAUCUCCUGGGCUCUUGGAAAGCACACUAUUCACGGGAUGGGUACCAACAAUUCUCCGAGCAGGAAGAGGUUUGAAGCUGUGGACAAAGGCCAAGACAGUAGCACCACCUCAAAAGUUGGAACUAUUUUCAUAUGAAAAUAAUCCUUAUGCAAGGAUUGUUCGUGAAGCACUAUGUGAAUUGGAGCUUCCUUAUAUCCUGAACAAUGUUGGGGAAGGAUCUUCCAGAGUUAGUUACUUGUAUCAGAUCUCAGGAUCAAAAGAGGUUCCAUACCUGAUUGAUCCUAACAAUGGUGUCCAACUGAGUAACUUUCGAGAAAUACUAUCAUACUUGUUCAGAACAUAUUCUGGCUAGUCCUCUUUGAAUUAUUCCAGGUAACGAGGCAUAAUUGUUUCUCCUAACAUGUAUAAUCCUUGUGAGGUGUUACAAUAUGGUAAACAAAUAGCCUACAAAAAUUUCCUAUUUCUGUACGUCUUUUUUGUUUUUAUCAAUUGAUGCAACUUUUCCUUUGUUCCAUUAUAAUUUAGAUUUCAUUAGUGUGCC